ACCGUCAUAACUUCCGGAUUUAACACUUCGGCUUGCAAGUUGCAAAGCAGCUGCAGUUACAUAGAAUGUGAUCAAAAAACUUCUGCACGCCUCUUUCUUUUUAAUUUCUUUGAUUUACUAAAUGAGUUUGAGAACAACGAUAUAUAAUAAGACCGUUUUGGGGACUGUACUGAACUAAAAGUAUCUCUCAUGGCCUCAAGAGCUGGCCCUCGGGCAGAGGGCACUGACGGGAGUGACUUCCAGCACAGAGAGAGGGUGGCCUCACACUACCAGAUGAGUGUGGCUCUCAAAUCUGAAAUCCGCAAACUCAACAUCGUCCAUCUGCUGAUCUGGGUACUGCUUGCUGCCCAGGUGACAGUGAGCCAUCUGAACCUGGUGUCCCACAGUGUGGUGGCUGCACCCUAUCACUGGGAGUACCCCUACCUCCUCAGCAUCCUGCCCUCCAUCUUCAGCUUCAUGGCCCUGCCACGCAACAACAUCAGCUACCUGGUCAUCUCCAUGGUGAGCGCCGGGCUGUUCUGCGUGGCUCCGCUCAUCUACGGCGGUAUGGAGAUGUUUCCUGUGGCACAGCAGCUCCUCAGGCAUGGCAAAGCCUACAGGUUCAUCUUCGGCUUCUCAGCUGUGUCAGUUAUGUACCUGGUGAUGGUCAUUGCCGUCCAAGUGCACGGCUGGCAGAUCUAUUACAGCAAGAAGCUGCUGGACGCUUGGUUCACCACUACGCAAGAUAGGAAGAAGAAGUGAUGUGUUAAUCGAAUUGAACAAUGACAUUUUACUAACACUGCUUGUGCCACAGUCUUACCCUGCCUCUGCUCUAUCUAGCCAAUCUAUAUUUGAAUUCUAGCCCCCUUUACUGGCUAAUCUGAUGAAACCUUGAUGGCUUCAGUGAAGGUUGUCAGGUCGUUACCUCCUGGUAAAGCUCUCUAUCCCCCUCUUCCGAUACCUCGGCUCUGGACAGAUUAAGAUUUGAGUUGCUCAUCUCAGACGAAAGGGGGGAAUUAACCCUUGCGGCUUAACAAUGACCCCAGACAUUAGAACCUCUUGCUCUUGAGUCCUGAUCUUUAGAUCUGCCAUAAAAGGUAGUCAGUUUCCUGUCACCCUUAGGCGACUAGCAGAGCCUAUUGGUGCUCUGGUACAAUUUCUUGAUGUUGAAUGUUAUCAGCGGUUCACACUUUCAAAAAAGAUAUUGAAUAAUAUAAAAAACUAAUGUAACUCGACUAACUAAUAAAAGUCCUGAAGUCAG